AUGCAAUGGGGAAACUUUGUUGACGGUAAAAAACUCAAGUCUGUGGAAAUCUGGACUUGGGAGCAGUGGCGUAACCAAGAUUUUCGGCCCAGUGGGCAAAAAAUAGCCAAUUUCGGCAAAACCAUUGGGCAAGAAGAGGCAAAGUUUUUGUCACCACACAUGUCUCAAGAUUUGUCAUUAGCGCAUCAUGCUGUUGACCACGAAAUACAACAUCAUCACGUAUAUACGAAAAUAAUUCCUGAGAGUUAA